AAAUCAAGCGCAGCGCCGGUACAAAGUCAACGUCCAUUGCAACCGGGCGCCAAGUCCAAUCCACCGGUGAACGGUGGACCGGGGAGCACUUCAACCUCUAGCACAAGCAGCACAGCACCGUUUGGUAACGCAGUGGCCAGUAUGGUCAGUGGUGCAAUGCAUGCGGUCAGUGGGCACACAGGGACCACGCACGGAAUUAUGGACGCGGUGUGUGGGAUUUGUGAGAAGACCAAAUUUGCUGACGGUCUGGGUCACGUGUGUACACACUGUCGACGAAAAACCUGUACCCGUUGUGGUUAUCAGCUGAACACAGAUGUGGAUCAGGUCCAGUGGACGUGCAAACCAUGCGCACAACGCACUGACGGUGCGAACAGCGCACCACAGUCCGGACAUCCAUUGUCGUCGUUCACCGGCACGAAUGUCCGCCCGACUGUCCCGAUGACCAGUGCUCCAACCGGGACGAGCGCAACGGGAGCAUCCACCAAUCCGCUUGAUCCGAAAGCUGCUGGACGGCUUGUGAGUGGAUUUUUGGGGAUGUUUUCCGCCAGCCCACAACAACAACAACAACAGCGUCAAACGUCGGCAGCUGGUGAUCCGAAUCGAUCCGGGACAGAGACUAAACGGAUUUUACCCCGUAUUGGACCCGAAGUCAGCUCACCGGUCAGUUCACGCUAUCCGACUGCGUAUACUCCGGGAUCUGGUCGAAUGUUACCGAAACCCAAUGCGUUGAAUCGAUCAACCAGUUUGGAUCCGGAACAAAAUAAUUCAUCGUACCCGGUUGAUCCACGCUCCCCACGGGGUUACUUGUCCAGACAACACACAGAUUCUGAUCCAAUGGACGAUCGAUAUCGAGGGAAUUAUCGACGCUCCGAAUGGCACGAAGCUGAUUCCCGUCACGCCUAUUCCCCAUAUCAUGAACCACGUCAAGAUAAUUAUCCAGCGAGUCGCUCUGACGAGCCAUACGGUCAUACGGGCAUUCGAGGCCAUCAACAUCCUCGUCAUCCGCACUCAACCCCGUCUCGGCUAGACCCGAACUACGGAACAGAUUCACUGACCUCCGAUCAGUCCGAAUCACCUGGAGGACGGAGUGGAAGUGUAAGUGGUUGGAGUGCGGCUGGUGCCCAGUACCGGCCGACCACAGGCACUCGGUACUCACACCCGUCAGACGCGGAAUAUGUGCAUGAAUCGUAUCCCCAGUCUCCGUCAAAAUAUAUGACACCCAAAGGGUCACAUUUGCAUCCAUCCAGAGGAACAGGAGAACCUCUGGACCGGACUCGAGGCGCAUAUCUUUUCUCCCCUGUUCCACCGGACCCUGUCGAUCGUACUGGGACGGUAAGAGAUACCCCGUAUCGAUCAUUCAGCAGCUCAGAAGGUGAAGAGUUUGGUAUGACUGGAGGAGAUGAGGCCCUCGUAUAUCCAGCUGGAUUGGAUAUCCCUCCCCCAAGUGGCGGACGACCCCGUCGUGCACUGCCAAGUCACGUGCCUGACCUUACCCACACACCAAAUCGACCGUCUGCUCUAGGCGAUGAUCUCAGUGAUAUGCCACGAUUGUCCUAUGCCAGUUUGAGAUCCACGGGUAACACGUAUAGUAGAAGUGAUAUUGUCUACGGUCCUCGGAAAGGAUAUGCAUCCAGUUCGGUUGACAUGCCAAUGAGUCCCCGGUCAGGACGGUUAGCUGUAGAUUAUCAAUCGGUCGGCCGACAGCGAGGUGAGGAUCCUUUCUACCGGAUGCGCUCGGAUGCAAACUCACUGUUAUCAAUACCGGGGCAAGCACCAAUGACGCAUCCGGUCACGUGGAAUCCUUCACGAGACGGAAAACGUUUAAUUGGUCACAUGAUACUCCGACGACAGACGGAUCGCGGUCCGGGAGAUGUGGGAUCACUGUUGGGUAAGAGCUAG